UUCACGACACUGUGUGGGUACGUGCGUGGUACACGAGUAUAGGUGUCAUUGUACAGAGAAACAUUGCAAAAAGAAUGAAGGUGAUCAUUCAAAGAGUGACGAGGGCGUCUGUCGCAGUGGGAGACGAUCAGAUAUGUUCAAUUGGACGGGGAUUGUGUGUGCUGCUUGGUAUGUCUGUGGACGACACCCACACAGAUGCCGAUUACAUAGUACGCAAAGUCUUGAACCUGCGGUUGUUUGAGGAUGAAAAUGGUCGGCCAUGGAGCAAAAGUGUCAUGGAUCGGGACUAUGAAGUGCUGUGUGUGAGCCAGUUCACACUACAGUGUAUACUGAAGGGUAACAAGCCGGACUACCACUUGGCUAUGCCUGCGGAAUUGGCCCAACCUUUUUAUGGCAGCAUCCUGGAGAACAUGAGGAGUGCCUACAAGCCUGAGCUUGUUAAAGAUGGAAAGUUUGGGGCCUUUAUGCAGGUACACAUUCAAAAUGAUGGUCCUGUUACCAUUGAGCUGACAUCACCUUCUGUUCCUUCGGAUCCCCGACAGUCGUCUAAGCAAGAGAAGCAGCAGCCAAGGAAAGAAAAGGGACGAUCCAAGGGCCCCUCCGAGUCAAGCAAGGAGAAGAGUGCCCUACGUUCCCGACAGGACACUAAUCCGAGUAGUGGGGCAGAGGGUGACGUGUCUUCAGAAAGAGAGCCCUAGAUCUCCAGACUGAGCGAGUAUACAUGUCAAUGUAUAGUUAAGUCCCAAAGAAGGAAAAUGACAAGGUCUUUAAAUUAUUCUUGCCUUUAUCAAUUAUGUGUUUAAUUGAAAGUUCUGGCAGCUAAUAGUGUUAGUUAUUAUACGCAUGGCAGUGUGAAACACGUUUUCUUUAGUUGUUUGCUUCUGAGUCUCAAAUUCAAAAGCAUAGUAUAGUGGAGUGCAGUUUCCAUCAGACGGCAACAAUCUCGUCGUCAUGCUAUACUCUUAAAAUUGACAUCCACUUAUUAUUUUACGAAAAAGAACACAACAGACAUUAAUUAUUACAGUAGACGCGAGUCAAAAAGUCUUUUGCCUAAAAAAAUGCAACUGCUUGACAAUUAGUCAAUUGGCGCACAGCAUUCACACUGUAUAUUUACAUUUGGCAACCCAAUUAAAUGGGAUCUUGCUUUAAGUGUUUUUCAAUCUGUCGCACUAUAUGCAAAUGUAUGUUUCAAACAGUGCAUAACAAUUUACCCGGAACUUUGUGCAUUUUGUCCAACAUUUAUGUACAUCUAUGCUUAGUAACCACAGAGAUGUAUGACCUGAUUAAAAUUUAAGAUUGUUUAAUGGCCAGCUCUACAUAUAGACAGGUAUGUUUUGCUGCGGUCACAUUUGUUGUUCCUAUUUUAAGCUUUUGCUGCUGUGAGAUAAAAUAAAUAAAUAAAUUAUCUCUUUGAAAAAACUCUAUCAUCAGACCAUCACGCUCAUCAGGUUUUCAGUGUGUAUCCAUGCACACUCAUUAAAAACAUGGCCACAGGAUCUACCAAAAUAUUAAGUUGGAAUGACAUGAAACUAUGAGUGAAAAUUAAUAUCUUGUCUUGGUUGAUUCUUAUUAGACACACGUCUUAGAACUAACAGAAGUUAAAUAAUCAGCUGAGUCAUUAAAACAAUGACAAUUUAUAUUUGAUGUCCAGUGGUACCUUGACUUACGAACUGAAUUUGUUCCAAGCUUGUAUAUCAAAUUACUAUUCCUACUAAAAUGAAUUGAAAGGACAGAUCCAGCCCCCAAACAAAUUUUUUUGUUGCUUAAGGAAAAACAACGAUCGAUGAAAAAUAAAGGAAUAUAAAGAAAUAAA